GGACAGGACAAGAAAUACAUAUAAAAACAAGUGACAAGGACAACAUAAAAAAGACAAGUACAGAGAAAAAUAAAGACAAAAAAUGAAGAAUGAAGAAAUAGGCGUACAAGGAGGGAAAGGAGGUAGAGGAGGGAAAGGGGGUAGGGGAGGGAAAGGAGGCGUUGUUGUUGUGGAAGGAUCCGCAGUUUCUAUCAUCCUUUACUCCUGAUUCUUCUACUUCGUUAAGGUCAGAUCGUACAAUCGACUAUGCUUUCUCGUGUGGUUUUUCUGUUUCUAUACAUAUGUAUGAGGGUCUGAUUUCCAGUGAUCAUAAGCCUAUUCUUAUUAUAUCGAUGAAAUCAAAAGAAAAAAUUUGUUUGCGCGAAAUAUUCAUUGAAAAGUUUUCUCUUUAUUUUGUGAAUAUGUUUACUCUUUCUGGAAGAAGAACUGGUGUUUAGAUAGUUUAAACGAUGUUUACAAUGAUUACAUAUCAUUUCUUUCUCUUCUUACUUCUCGCUGUACUAUACUCUUUCCAAUAAACAAAUACUGUAUUGCCAUUCCAUAAGAUCUUAGAGCAUAUAUGUCAUACACAUGUGCUCUGUCAUUUAGACAAGAGAGAACUGGUGAUAAAGAAUUAAAAAAUAUAGUAAAAAUAAGAAGAAAAAUGGCAAAAAAAGAACUAAAGUGCUUUCUAGCUACUCAGUUAUCUUCUUGUUUAGCAACACGUAAUACUUCUUCACAUCUGUCUGUCUCUUUCUGGUCCCGAACGAAGAAGUUUACGAAAUUUUCGAAUUCUUCUUUACACGGUUUCAUUCUUUCUAAUGGUGAUGUGGUUAAAGAGUCGGAAAAAAUUUGUGAAUUAAGUACGGAUUAUUAUGAGAAUCUUUUAAAGAACCAGAACACAUAUACAGACCGUAUCCUUAUACAGAUUCAUCGGAAGUGAAGUGGAAAAAUUACGAUGAGGAAAUUCCGCCGGUAACAACUGAAGAAGUAAUAGAUGUUGUUAGGUUUCGUAAAAAGGAAAACCCAUGCGAUGUGCACGGUCUGCCUAACUUUAUGUUUAAUUCUGUUCCAUUUUCCUGCUGGUUUCUUCCGCUAAAAAUCUUUAAGCUAUCUUUCUCUCUUUCUUUGAUGCAAUCAUUCCAGAUCAAUGAAAAGAUACUAGAAUUCUUCUUCUUGCUAAAAAAGAAUCAAUUUGUGAAGUUUGUGGUACUCGUCCCAUUUUUCUUCUUCAUGUGUUUCAUAAAAUAUAGGCAAAAAAUGAAUUAGGCCGAUUAACAGCCUUAUGCGGCUCCUAUUUUCAGCUUGAUCUAUUGUGGCUGCUGCCACUACUUUCCGGAACUUCGCAAAAAUAUUGCACUGAUACAGAACUGUUUUUCUAAUCCGUGGUCUAGAUCAUUGAUUUUUUCUACAACUUCUGUGUGACUAUGUCUACUACUGGAAAUGAUUAUUUAUAUAAUGCUUUACAUGAUAAUAUUACUAAUGUACUGAGAAUUUUUGAUGCAGAAAUUAAUGUUAAUAUUGAAAAUUCGUUAGUCAGAGUACAAAUUAUGCUAAAAGAGAAAAAAUACAUCAAUGAUAGUUUAUGGAAUACAAUAUCUACCGGUGUAGAACGGAAGGUAAUUAGUUUAUAUCGUCAAUCAACAAUGAAAAACAACGAAAAAGAAAGUAUUGUCAAAGAAAUGGUCGGAAACUUUUUUUAACAAACACGUAAUGCCAAAAAUGCUGAAAUGGAUAAAAGUAAAGAAAAUUUUUUAAGUGAUAUUUAUACAGUUGCAAUGGAUAAAAUUAAUAGUGAAUUAUUGCAAGAUGAGGUUCCCAAUUAUUAUCGAUACACGAAAAUUAAAUUCCUCAAUACGCUGAUAACCAGCUCUGACAAUGCUUCAGCCACAAAUUCAACUACAGCAGCAACCGCCAACGAUUUCCGAACAGUAGCACAAGAAGACUUGCAUAAAAAAAUUCGUGCAGUUUAUGAACGUGUUGCUGAUCAAUAUCAUAUUGAGUCACGACAUGUCGUGGAGUGCUUAAUAAGAAAGCGAAAACGUAACGAUGAAACUCAUUUUGCAGAUGGUAGUAUUACAGAUUUUAUAAAAGACAAAAGACAAUCAGAGCAAUCAAAUGAUGUUGUAGCGUAUUUUAAAACAAAAUUAAACGGAACACUAACUGACGACGAAAGCUCUACGAUAAAACUAAUGUAUAAUGGCUACUGUAAAAAAUUAUUACUGGACAAGGCAGAUCGCUGGAAUAUAAGUUUUCGACCAACUGAUUAUGUUUGGAUUCAGACGACAGAUAACGAGGUAUCCAAUUACAUAAUAAAAUUUCUGAAGAAAACAGAAUUUCAUGAGCUGUAA